GAGGGAACGUCACCACGGAGGUGUCGUGUGGGCGCUGCUCAACAACCUCAUCAACCUGGAAUGCGAGGCCAGGGGGAUCCCCGUCCCCACCAUUACCUGGUACAAGGACGGGCAGCCCGUUAUCUCCAGCCCCCAGGCUCUGUACGUGGACAGGGGUCAGUUCCUGCAGAUCCCCUGUGCCCGGGUGUCGCACUCUGCCAGGUACACGUGUCGCGUGAGCGGCGCGGCCAGGGCGGCCGAGAAGGUGUUCCACGUGGAUGUGUACGUCCCUCCAGUGAUCGAGGGCGAUGCUGACACAGCCCAGAGCAGGCAGGUGGUUGCUGGGAAUUCCCUGACGUUGGAGUGUAAUGCUGCUGGCAACCCUGCCCCUCUGCUGUCCUGGCUGAAGGAGGGGGUUCCCGUGCAGGCCAGCGCCAGGCUCCGUGUCCUGGCUGGAGGGAGGAGGCUGGAGAUCCUCAACGCCGGCGAGGCCGACCGGGGCCAGUACUGGUGUGUGGCCACAAGCGUAGCUGGGGAGCAAGAGAUCAAGUAUGAAGUUGAAAUCUUAGGUGUGUGA